GCUGUAAAAUUUCAUAACCCUAAAGUUCCUUUUUCUCUUGGUUGCAUGUGUUCACGACAAAUGAUGUGCAAGAAAGUGAAACAACUUAUGUAUAGACCGAGAACGAUGUACUUUCAUUCUUCUGAGCCCACAUAUAGCUUAUUGGGCCGAAUAUUGGAUUAUUUGCAAGAAAAAAGUCAAUACUCGAGAGCAGUCAUCGAUUUGAAAGCUUUCGUUCGUUUUAAACGCUCUGCGAUGGCGGCUGGGCUCUUUCGUGCAGAGAUGUCAAUGUUGUUAUCCUCCACGUUGGCGCGAACACACUCCUUUCCCUUCCGCAAAACGCUAAAGGCCUUCGAUCCUCGAAUCGCAAUGCAAAGAAACCCUUUGCCCAGAACUCGACGUUCUCGUGUUUCUGCUUUCAGCUCAUCGUCUCCUUCCCAUCCACAAAAUUUUCCAGUUCCAGGGCUAGAAGAUGUCUUUGUUGGUUACCUAUUUGGGAGGAAGAAGGCAACAGAAGUAGCUCAUGUUGUGUGGGAGCAGGUGAUCCGAAAGGGAGACACGGUCGUCGACGCUACAUGUGGGAAUGGCAACGAUACUUUAGCAAUGUUGAAGAUGGUUACGGAUGAUUCUGAUGGUUGUGGCGGCUGUGUCUACGCAAUGGACAUUCAGAAAGAUGCCAUUGAGAGCACUUCUUAUUUGCUAGAUCAGUCCCUUGGUUCAAAAGAGAAGGAAAGUGUCAAGCUCUUUAACUUGUGUCACAGUAAGAUGGAAGAGAUUGUUCCUGAAAACUCCUGUGUGAGGAUGGUUGCAUUCAAUCUGGGGUAUCUUCCAGGUGGAAACAAGUCGGUAAUCACCGUCUCGAAUACAACAUUAUUGGCACUGAAGGCCGCUGAAAGGGUCUUGAUGCCUGGUGGUCUCAUAAGCUUGGUGGUAUACAUUGGUCAUCCUGGUGGAAGGGAAGAGUUAGGAGUGGUUGAAGCUUUUGGGUCGGGUUUACCGGUCAGUGAUUGGGUCUGCUGCAAAUUUCAAAUGUUGAACCGGCCGUUAGCACCUCUUCUUGUUUUCAUGUUCAAGAGAGAAAAGUGAUAUUUUUUCAGAUAUACAACAUCACCUUAUUCACUUGCAUGGUAUGUUCUUAUUAGUGUUGUAACUUGUAACCUCAGAUUGUUUUUUGUUUAGUAUACGUAGCUGCUUCACCUUUU